AUGAAAGAAGGCCUUGAAGCCAAGGCGCUUCGCCAGUUUGACGCACUGGUGGAGAGAGGCGAUGUCAUAUACUCUCACCGUGACCCGGUCCAUGUCCCCACAAAGCCAUUCAAUAUCCAAUUCCGAAUUGCAUCAAGCCUGACGAAGAAACCGCAAAUACCGAUAAAGGACGCUGAGAAGAAACCACCGGUUAAUAAAGCCAGUCCAUUCGCAAAUGACCCCCCAGAGUUCGUUAUCGAGCAUGUUGGCCCCGAUCAUACUCUGCGCCUGAAUAAGUUUUGCGUCGUCCGGACACAGUUCAUCCUCCAUUGCAACGAGUUCAAACCUCAGAUCGAACCCCUGGAAGCAGUUGAUUUGGCUGCUGGAUGGAGCGUUCUUACUAGGAUGGAAAGCGAAUACCUACUCAUAUAUAAUGGAGGACUGCAGGGUGGAUGGUCUCUGCCGCAUCGUCAUAUGCAACUACUUCCACGUCCCCCAAGAGAUGUUCAUAACUUGUUCCCGGACAUAUAUGGCAUUGAAAACGGACGAGUUCCCAAUAUCCCAUUCCAGCACGUGGUUCGAAGGUUACCUGCUUCAGCAACAGCAGAAGAAGUUUAUGAAACUUAUACUGACCUUCUGGCUGCAGCUGGAGUUGACGAAAACGACUACUCACAUAAUCUGGUGUUAGUCAAGGAUUGGAUGAUGAUUAUUCCGCGAUCUCGUGCAAGCCAAGAGGGUAUCAAGAUCGUCAAUGCAGCAGCCAUGGUGGGUAUGAUUUGGAUACCUUCAGACGAGGUCUUGGAUCUUUGGUUACAAAGCGGCAACCCAAUGGAAACCCUUGCCAGAUACGGCAAACCGUGGUAG